AUGGCCCGGCCCCUGCCGCCAAAUGCCCAAGGAGUGGAGGGGCUGUCUGCGAAUGACACCCUAACCGUCGGCACCCCCUUAGCAGAGACCGGAGAAGCAAGGCGGAGGGAGGAAAGAGCGUCCCGGGCGGUGGGCACUGCACGUGCAAAGGCCCGGAUUGGUGGAGAGGUUCUGGAGGCUGCAGCAGGCUCCUUGGCCGCAGAUACUCUCUGGUCUCCAAUCCCCCUUUGUUCCUAUCAGCCUCCACUGGAGGCCCCUCGGGGGCCUCGCCCCUCACCACACAGCAUCCCUCCCCCGGAACCAGAGCAGGAAGGAGGAGGCUCAUGUCUGCAGGGGGCGGUCUGGCCGGGCAGAGGAUGGCCCUAUGCCAAGCAGGCUGACCGCCCUCCUCCCCAGGCCUACAGCAUCGUGUGGAAGGCGGUGGAUCAGAGGACUGGCGAGGUCGUGGCCAUCAAGAAAAUCUUUGAUGCCUUCAAGGACAAGACGGAUGCCCAAAGGACGUUCCGGGAAAUCAUGCCUCUCCGAGAGUUUGGGGACCGUCCCAACAUCAUCCGCCUCCCGGGUGUGAUCCGGGCAGAGAAUGACAGGGACAUUUACCUGGUGUUUGAGUCUAUGGACACCGACCCGAAUGCCGUCAUCUGCAAGGGCACACUGCUAAAGGACAGCCACAAGAGCUACGUCUUCCACCAGCUCCUGCGGGCCACCAAGUUCAUUCAUUCAGGAUGAGUUAUCCACCAGGACCAGAAGCCAUCCAACGUUCUCCUGGACACCAGCUGUUUGGUGAAGCUCUGCGACUUUGGCCUCGCCCACUCCCUCAGCGGCCUCCCUGAGGGGCCCGAGGGCCAUGCCCUGACGGAGCACGUGGCCACGCGAUGGUGGGCUCCGGAGGUGUUCCUGUCCUCGAGCUGGUACACCCCCGGGGUGGACAUGUGGAGUCUGGGCCGCAUCCUGGGGGAGAUGCUAGCGGGGCGGCCCCUGUCCCCGGCACGUCCCGCUCACCAGCUGGGGCUGAUCCUGGAGGGCAUCCCACCACCCUCCGAGGACGACCUCCUGGCUCUCGGCGCUGGCUCCGGCGCCUCGGUUGUGCAGCGCCUGGGGUCCCGGCCGGGCCCGACACUGGACGCCCUCCUGCCGCCCGACACCCCCCCAGAGGUCCUGGACCACCGCGAGUGACCCCUGGUGUUUGCCCCCGACAAGCGGCUCAGCGCGGCCCAGGCCCUGCAGCACCCCUACGUGCAGAGGUUCCACUGCCCGGCCCGGGAGUGCACCCUGGAGGCGGACGUGCGGCUCCCGGUGCACGAAGGAGCCCAGCUCUCGGCCACCGAAUAUCGCAGCCGCCUCUAUCAGAUGAUCCUGGAGCGCAGGGGUAACGGCCGCGUCCCGAGGGAGACGGGCCUGGGCGGCGUCCCCACGCCCCCGGCGCCCCCACUCAAACCCAGAGCCGCGGCCAAGCUGCCCUCGGGCUCGCCUGCACGGAAGCCCGGACGCCGGCCUCGAAGUAACCCCGGUCACGGCCCCGCGCACGAUGUCCCCGGCGGAGCCAAGGACCCUCCCAGGCAGAGCUCGGCCCCCCUGCACCAGCCUCCGCCCCCAGGAGGUCUUGGGAGAGGGAAAGGGCCCCGCUGGGCGACGGCAGGGCUCCCCUCGGCAUCCUGCUGGGUGAAGCCCAGCGGGAGGGGGGCGGCGCCCUCCUUGACCUCGCAGGCCGCCGCCCAGGUGGCCGUCCAGGCCUUGAUCCGGAGUGACCGGAACCCGGGCCGUGGUGGCAACGCGGCCGGCGCGUGACCGGUGAGCCCGUUCCUCCCCGGCCUCCCCGGAGGCCGGCCCGGCCGGAGGAUGUUCAGCGCCUCGGCCUCGCAGGAGGCCCAGGGGGCCGCGCGGGCCGUGCUCGGGGGCUGCUCCCAAGCCUACGGGACCGUCUGCCACUCGGCGCCGGGCCGCCUGCCCCUGCUCCCCGGACCCCGCGCCUGAGCCGCCCUAUGGGUCUUCAACCGGCCAUCCCCGGCACCCAGCCCCGCGCCCCUCCCCUAGUCCCUGGAUUGCCCCCCCUCCAGGCCCCCCC